AUGCCCCGGCAAAUCGAGGAAAUCAAGGAGUUCCUCCUGACCGCCCGGCGGAAGGAUGCCCGGUCCGUCAAGAUCAAGAAGACCGGCUCUGUGACUAAGUUCAAGGUCAGGUGCUCCAAGUACCUCUACACCCUGAGCGUGACCGAUGGAGACAAGGCCGACAAGCUGAAGCAGUCCCUGCCACCAGGGCUGCACGUCCAGGAGCUCUGA